AUGGCCGAUGACACCCCCCAGCAGCCUGGUCUUGUUCAAGGCCACAUUCAGUAUGCCAAAGGAGUUGCGGAGGCCGUUGUAGGAGACGUGACAGGAUCGCACCCUUGGAAGUCGUCGGGCGAGCAAGACAAGGCGGCCGGUAUGACGACCAUGAAAGCAGCAGGAGAGAAGAGAGACGACUCCCAAGGUUACGGAAAGCCUGAGGAAUUGGCCGGCAAGCUGACCGGCUGCGAAGGCAUGAAGAAAGAGGGAAGGGAAAGCAGCAGGAAGGACUGA